AUGGAGUUUAGUUUCAGUGAGUGUAACAGACAGUAACAGGAUCUCUUUCUUAAUCAGUAUGUGUGACUAUAUAUUUUCUCAUCUCUUUACGUGUAUGUUACCAGAUCAACGGCUGUGACUACAGGACAGGCGGAAGCUUUCACUCUUCUGUCCAAUGAGGAGUCCAGGAGUACGUGUCUCCUGUGACCAGACCAGAGGAGGUGGCUGGAUGAGGAGCACAAGAACUCCUGGAGGAGCUGAAGAUGGAGAUCCUUGAGGAGAGGAGGAACGAGGAGGUGCAGAAGACAGGAGGAGGAGAGGAGCAGGCCAAGCAGCUGGAGGAGGAUGACGUCAUGACAGACACGGCCACGUGUUCCUCCAAUACUCAGGACAAAGACAGCGGCUUGGGGACGGGGCGCAACGAGGAGAGCUCCGAACAGGAAGUCCUCCUAGCCCGUGUCCACCGGAGGCCUGCCCAGGGCCUGAGAGACCGAUGGAGGGCCAAGCAUGGCCAGGGGCUGGGCAGGAGGGUGGUGGUGCCCUCGGACACCCAGGGACCCAGGGGACUGAUCCAAGCCCAGGAGGGUGAGGGCYGAGUGGGGUUAGGACUGGAGUGUGACAGCCGCUUCCAGCAGCUCCUGGAGCUCAAGUGCCAGAUCCGUAACAGCGGGGAGUGUGAUGUGUACUAUAGCAGGAGAAGCACCAUCGAGUGCAGCCUGACGGAGCAGAGCGGGGUGGGGGUCAGUGGUGGUGGAGGGAUGGAACAGGAGCUGCGGAUGUUGAACGAGGAGCUGAGGAGUAUCGAGCUGGAGUGUCAGAGCAUCAUGCAGGCCCACCAGCUCCGCAAGAACCAGAGGGAUCCCCCCUGCACCCCUAUGUGCUCCCCAGUACGAAGCCCCAAACAUGGGCGUGAGCAGCAUGCCAAGCUGGCCGAUAUCAACGAGCAUCCAGGGGAGAGGCAGUGGGACAGCGACAAGCUAAGGGGGGACAAGGACAGCUCCAGUGCCUAUAACACGGCUGAGAGCGCCAGGUCCACUCCUCUAGGCAUGGAGAGAUCCCCGGACCACUCUCUACAGAGACGCAUCYGCCUCACCAACCAGAAGAACCUCCGGAGCACCAUGGCAGCCUCCGGCCAGUCCAUCUCCAUCCCCAUCCCAGACAGAGAGCUCCUGAGUGAGACCUCGACCGGGACCCCCACGCACAGCCGACAGGAUCCCAACCCCAGCCCUGGAACCACGGUCAUCUCCAGCAGCCCCGACCAGUCCAACCCUUCCCCCUCCGAGUCAGACCCAGCCCUGCCUGCAGACGACGAGCGCUGCGACCGCACCAGGAGCCACCGGGGGCCACGCAGGGUCCCUCCCUACCCGUCCCCUUACCACACAGCCCCCCAGCAGGGGCAGGGCACCUCUCCAGCCCACGCCAGACACCUUCAGAGCUACAUGCAGCAGCUCCUCCAGCAGACCUCCAGUCUGGAGACCUACUCCCAGUCCCAGCUCAGCCUCCUCAGCGUCUGCCGGGACCGCUCCACCCGCCCAGGGGAACAACGCCUCGAGUGGAAGGUCAAAGUUCGAGCCGACGGGACGAAGUAUGUAGCCCGGCGACCAGCGAGGGACCGYAUUCUACGAGAACGGGCMCUGAGGAUCAGGGAGGAGCGUAGUGGAGGGAUGACCACGGAUGACGACGCUAUGUCAGAGAUGAAGAUGGGGCGGUACUGGAGUAAAGAGGAGAGGAAGCAGCAGUUGGCCAGAGCCAGGGAGCAGAGGAGGAGGAGGGAGUACAUGCAGAGGAACCGGCUAGAGUGUCUCAGAGAGGGCCCUGGGAGCGGGGCCGAGGGCCGUAAAGAGGUCAACAUCCUGGAACUCAGCCACAAGAAGAUGAUGAAGAAACGCAACAAGAAGAUCCUGGAUAACUGGAUGACCAUCCAGGAACUAAUGAGUCACGGGGCCAGAGCACCUGAGGACCAGGGGACUAAACCAGUACACAAUGCCUUCCUGUCUGUUACUACAGUAUAGGACCACAGCUCCGGGUAGAAGUUACCCUGUACACACAGAUCUAGGAUCAUUUAAAACUACCCGGGUCGGGCGUUAACCAUUUGGACGAUAAUGCAAAACUGACCUCAGAGCAGUGUCUAGGGACAACCUUGCCCCAUCUCUCUCUCUCUCUCAUCGCGUCCAUGCGGUAUGACCUUACUUGCCUCGUUCAAUGUGGCAUUUUUUAUAAUGGGGAAAAUCCUAUAUUUUUCACACUUUGUAAACUCAAUAACGUUUUGUAAAAUGAUUGUUUUUACACUGGUUGUCGAUGUACUGUGAUAUGUUUUCUGCKGUGUCUCAUUUAUGCUGUCAUCAAACAUGUUUCUAUGAUAAUCAGAAUUCUCUGUAAACCACAUCAUCAUGGAAGUCAACGACAUCGUUGUACGUUGUCAUGUUUGCAUUGUUUAUCCAGCAUGGCAGUGGUUAACUGUAGUGGUCAGAAAGGUUCCAUACACCUGAGAACAGACACUUGACUCGUGUGCAGAAUCUUCCUUGUCUUUUACUGAGGAUCGACCAUAUAACUGCACAACCCUCUCAGACCCAUUCAAUAUGCCAAGCUGGACACCACGAAAUCUCUGAAGGAGCUUUCAUCAUUUCUGAAAAUGUCAACUCAGAGUUCUCUUGGAAAAUUCAAAAGUCCAGAGAAUGUCAAUAAUUCAGUGGUGUCUCAGAGGCUUUCAGUUUCUCCGUUUAAAGCAAUGUUGAAGGAAAGGUUCACUAGUCAACAGUUUUGCCCCAACAUCUCAUUGCAAAAGUGAUCUCAAUGUUUCUCAUCAAUGGUAAAUCAGUAUCACUAAUGAAAACAGUGGAUUGAUCUCAAUGUUUCUCAUCAAUGGUAAAUCAGUAUCACUAAUGAAAACAGUGGAUUGCUUACUGAUUAAAUAAUUAAUUGAAGUGAUUUGAUUGCUCCAUGAAUACAUUAAAUGUAAUUUAUAAAUACAAAACAUAUUUAUUAUUUUUUAUUGCUCAUUUUGAAUUAUUGUACAUGUAUUAGUGUAUUCUGCAUAUUUUCGGACCUGUCUGAAGAUCUCUUUGUAUUGUCAAAAAUAACACAUGAUAUUGUCUCUAACGUAUUAUACUUCACCUAACAGUCCUUUCUAGCAUUUGGUGGUGCUUCAAACGGARGRUUUUCAUUGUACACUGUUCUUCUAUCUUUGCUCAGUGUUUAUCGUCUUAUUUCAAGUAAUCGGUAGUUGGUAACUUCAUAGGCAGGUCAAUGUGUGCUAAUUGUGAUAUUUGCAAAGGAAAUGUUAAUAAAUUAUUGUUUAUCUUUAUGAAACAAAUGAUUGUA